AUGUCGAGCGCAUUGGUUGCGAUAGCCUUUAGUGGCGUCGCGACUUAUGUCUUUCUUUGGGCGCUUUUACAUCUAACCCAGGAUGAUAAAGAGCCUCCGACUGUCUCUAACUCUAUCCCCUUCUUCAGUCCCUUGCUCGGCAUGGUGCGAUGGAGUAUGGACUUUUAUUCGUCUAUGAGGAAACGUUAUCAUAACUUGCCCAUCUAUACUCUGAGGAUCCCUGGUACUCGGAUUUAUGUCAUCAACUCUCUAGAACUUAUCCCGGUGGUACAGCGUCAAUGGCGUACCUUAAUAUUUGCACCUAUCCAGGUCAAAGCAGCGCAGGCAGCCAUGGGCGUAAGCAAAGAUUCAAUCGCCAUUAUGGAACGUGAUAUGGUCACCGAGUCCGGCUUCGUCAACGGUAUGGUUAAGGCUACCCAUCAUACAACAAGUCACGGCCCGGCAUUAGAUGCUUUAAACGCUAAAGCAUUUGAGACAUUUGACAAUGCUCUAAAGGGGCCAGAUGCACCGACAACUAUAUCCAUGUUCGCGUGGAUCGACAAGCAAAUCAUGCGCGCUACUACAGAUGCCGUGUAUGGGCCAUCUAAUCCGAUGCAAGAUACCUCAAAUCUCGAGGACUGGCACAAAUAUCAUCCAGCUCUUAUGUUCCUUAUGCUAGAUAUUUUCCCACAAAAUAUUUUCUUUCGAACAGCAAUCCAGAGCCGCGACAAUCUCAUCAAGAGCUUCGUAAAGUAUUAUGAAGACGGCAGCUAUAAGCAAGGAUCUGCUUAUAUCCAACAGUUCACCAAACACUGCAUUGACCAGAAGAUACCUGAAAUCGACAUUCCACGCCUAAUAUUAGGCACUGUUUUCAAUAACGUCGCCAACACCUCCCCUUCUGCAUUCUGGGUGAUUUAUCACAUCUUUAGUGACCCAGUCGUCUUACAAGAGUGCCGCGAUGAAGUAAAGCAAGCUGUCCAGAAUGACCCUGACGGGACCUCCACAAUCCAUCUCAGCUUCAUUCUGAACUCAUGUCCGAUCCUUCUUUCUACCUACCACGAGGUUUUUCGCUACCAUGGCAUGGCUAAUUCGGUGCGCGUCGUCUCGGAGGACCAUGUACUAGAUAAUAAGUAUCUACUUAAGAAAGGCGGUCUUGUCAUGCUGUCUGCUAGAGUUCAGCACAAAAACCCGGCCGUUUGGGGAGAGAACGUGAACGAGUUCUACCACAAGCGUUUCAUGAAGCAGCAAAAUGGUGGUAAGCGCAUCAACGCCGUCGCCUUCCGCGGGUUUGGCGGGGGUACGACGCUUUGCCCUGGACGUCACUUUGCCACAAGCGAGAUCUUAUUGCUGGCUACCCUGUUACUGCUUCGGUUUGAUGUCCAACCGGCUAAUGGGAUGCCUUGGGUGCUCCCCUCAACCGCCAAAUCAUCCCAAGCAGAGGCUAUGGAGCAGCCUGACGAUGACAUCGAUAUUAAACUUAUACCCCGUCCUGAGGCAAGUGGUCGAACGUGGCGCGUUGCAUUCUCAGGGCAACGAGAAACCGAGUUAUUAGAACAGAAGUAA